AGGAGAGCAGCCGCCGGGUCACAGGCUCUUCACUUCUUACUACUGGACACACCUGGACCGCGCUGAGAUGCUGCUGCAGGGAGGACCCAAUGCUGCUUAUGUUGCACUUUUAUUUUAUUAUCAUUUGCUGGAGCCAACUUUGGUGCUCGCCUUCAACCUGGACACCACUCAUGUCAUCAGGAAGGACGGAGAGCCCGGCAGCCUGUUCGGGUUUUCUCUCGCCAUGCACCGGCAACUCAACCCGGAUACCAGAAUGCUGCUGAUAGGAGCACCCAGAGCCCGAGCUUUGGGACAACAGACAGCCAACAUCACAGGAGGCCUUUAUAAAUGCGAAAUCACUCAGUCCAAUAAUUGUGAGCGCAUCCAAUUUGAUAGUGAAGAGGAUGUGCGUCUUGAGAACAAAGAGAAUCAGUGGAUGGGGGUGACGGUGCAGAGCCAGGGGCCGGGGGGGAAGAUUGUGACUUGUGCUCAUCGCUAUCAGAGGCGCUUGUAUGGGAACACCCCUCAGGAGUCGCGGGCCAUCACCGGGCGCUGUUUUGUCCUGAGCCAGGACCUGACCAUCGACUCCAACUCUGAUGAGGACGGAGGAAACUGGAACUUCUGUGAGGGCAGAGCCAGGGGACACGAAAUGUUCGGAUCCUGCCAGCAGGGUUUAGCUGCCACCUUCACCAAGGAUUACCACUACAUUGUGUUUGGAGCACCGGGGGCUUACAACUGGAAAGGUAUUGUUCGAGUGGAGCAAAAGAACAACACUUUGCUGGAGAUGGGAGUGUAUGAUGACGGCCCGUAUGAAGUUGGAGAUGAAAAUCUAUUGAGAUCCGAAUUCGUGCCGGUACCUGCCAACAGCUACCUUGGAUUCUCCCUCGAUUCGGGAUACAGCAUCACCAAGGGGCCUGGCCUGACGGUGGUGGCUGGAGCACCCCGAGCCAAUCACAAUGGAGCUGUGGUCCUGCUGAAGAAAGAGAGCGAAGCCUCCUCCAGACUUCUGGAGGAGCACAUUCUGCACGGGCCAGGACUCGCAUCCUCCUUCGGAUACGACCUGACCGUGGUGGACCUGAACGGUGAUGGAUGGGAGGACAUCGUUGUCGGAGCCCCUCAGUUCUACAUGAAGGACAGAGACAUUGGAGGAGCUGCUUACGUCUACAUCAACAAGGCGGGACGGUGGGACAAAAUCACUCCUGUCCGCCUGAACGGGACCAAAGACUCAAUGUUUGGAUUGGCGGUGGAGAACAUCGGAGACAUCAAUCAAGAUUCAUAUGAAGACAUUGCCAUCGGAGCUCCGUAUGAUGACGGCGGUGCAGGAAAGGUCUAUAUUUAUCAUGGCUCUGCAGAAGGAGUCAAAACCAGCCCAGCACAGAUCCUCUCAGGGAAAGAGCACAGCAUGCGACUCUUUGGAUAUUCUCUGGCUGGGAAUAUGGACUUGGACAGUAACUUGUAUCCAGACGUGGCGGUUGGCUCUCUGUCGGACACAGCUCUGAUCUACAGGGCACGUCCAGUCAUUAGCAUCAGGAGAGAUGUCAAAAUAUCUCCACAGGAAAUUGACCUUACAAUCAAAACCUGUGGAAACAGCAAUUGCUUUGAUUUGGACAUGUGCUUUUCCUACAAAGGAAACCCUUCAUCGUACAACCCCAAACUAACUAUCAGCUAUUCUGUGGAGGCGGACGGAGAACGCAGGAAACACGGGCUAACCUCCAGAGUGAUGUUCCUCAACAAUCCCAGCACUGAGACAGACUACUGGUUUAACGCCACCUUGGACCUCCGCGGCCAAAAACAGAAAUCAUGUAUCAAGAUAACAGCCAAACUAAAGGACAACAUUAAGGACAAGCUGCGGAGCAUUCCCAUUGAGGUGUCUGCAGAGAUUGUGGGUACCAAACGACAGAAGUCAAGAAACGGCCUACCCCAACUCCUGCCAAUAUUAGACUCCUCUCAACCGAGCAAAGAAAUCCUUGAGGUCAACUUUGUAAAAGAGGGAUGUGGAGGUGAUAAUAUUUGCCGGAGUAAUCUGAAGAUGGACUACCAAUUAUUCUACAAACAAGGCAACCUAGAAGUGUACCCUCCAUUACCCAUCAAGAACAAAGUCCCUGUGUUUCAUCUGAAUUACGAGAAGAAGGACUUGGCUCUGCGUGUGACAGUCAGCAACAUGAAUGAAGAUGAUGCAUAUGAGGCAAAGCUGGUGGGGACUUUCCCCAAUACGCUGUCAUAUUCUGGGGUCCGGACAGAGCCUACUACGACGAAGAAGCCGAUCAUCUGUGCAGCCAAUCUGAAUGGCUCUCAGGCAGACUGUGAGCUGGGGAAUCCUUUUAAGAGAGGCUCAAAGGCUACAUUUUACAUAAUCCUGAACACUGCGGCGAUGACUCUUGACACAACAGAGAUUGACAUCGACCUGCAGCUCCAAACGACUAGUGUGCAAGAAAAUAUUGUCCCUGUUAAAGUGAAGGCUAGAGUAAUCAUUGAAUUUCCACUGUCGGUCACUGGGGAAGCCAGCCCUAAUCAGGUUUCCUUCGGAGGUGUUGUGAAAGGGGAAAGUGCAAUGAAGAAGGAGGAAGAGAUUGGAAGUUUGAUUACUUAUAAAUUCAGGAUAAACAACUUGUGGAAGUCUUCUGUCAAAGCCUCACUUAACAUUCAAUGGCCCAAACUGAACAAAGACGGUAAAUGGCUUCUGUACCUGGUGAAGGUCACGGCCUCAGGGCAGGGGGACGUCGUGUGCGCCCCAGAGACUGAAAUCAACUCCCUCAAACAAAUCCAGGAGACCUUUUCUAGGACAAAACGUGAAAUUGGAGAAAGGAAAAAAGUUGAGAAAAUGUCUUCACUGUCAGACAAGACAAAGGUUUUGACCUGUGGCAGUGGGGUCAGGUGUGUGGUGCUGCGCUGCCCCCUGCAGGGCCUGGACGGGACCACAGUGGAGCUGAGGUCUCGUCUCUGGAACUCAACCUUUAUCGAGGAUUACGCCUCUAUACCAAACAUGCACAUCGUUGUGAGGGCCUCGCUCGUCCUUCAGACUCAGGCUAAGAACAUGAUCCUGAAAACUCCUCACAUUGAUGUUACACUGGCAGUGUCCCCUGAAGUUGCAGUAGCGCAGUUUACUGGAGUUCCCUGGUGGAUCAUACUGGUGGCUGUGCUGGCAGGCAUCUUGAUUUUAGCUCUGUUGGUGUUCCUGCUCUGGAAGUGUGGUUUCUUCAAGAGAGCAACUAAAGACGAAUACGAUGCCGCAUAUCAAAAGGCAGAGAUCCUUGUUCAGCCCUCUGACAAAGACAAACUCUCUGCUGAGGCCUGAUUUAAACUCUGGACAGGGUGUGGAUUCUUCAAACGCUCCAAGCAAGAGGACAGCGUCCCUCGUUACCACGCAGUGCGGAUCAGAAAGGAAACUCCUCCUGAGUAUAAAGAUGAAGAAGCCAAGCUUGAUCCUUUUGAUAAAAAGCAGUGGCUGACGACUUGGGUCGAUGAUGAAAGUUACUCGUGACUCAUUUUCAAGUUUGUAUGAUUUUUUCAGACAGGUAUAACCUGAACUUUGUUGGUUUUUUUGUUCAUUUUGUGAUCAGGGAUUUUUUUCUGAAGCGUUCAUGUCUUUGAUUUGUUUUACACUGUAAAGAUGAAAAAUGUUUUGUAAGUUCUGUAUAUAUUUAAAUACUUCUGCACACUGUAUAUUUAUUUUUUGAUAAAAAAAUAAUCAUAUGCAGCCAUUUUACUCAGUCUACACAUGUCCUCCGGUAAAGGGCAAAGUUUACUACUGUUAUGUGCAGAUGUGCUGUCUUACUGAAAGCCGAAAGUCUAUGCAAUGAAGGAACCGCUAGCUCGGUGCCAAGUGAAUGUAAUUGUUUCAUGUCUCAGUACCUUCUGCCUUUUCUUGAAUGACAUUCAGGUACAUUACCAUUUCACAAUAAUGAACAGUGCACAUGUGACCACGACCCUUAAACUCCAAGCCGGUGUUCUUUAAACUUCUGUUCUUCACUGUAGUGGCAUCCACUGUGCUGUAGGUCAUCACUGAAGUAACACUUCUUGUUCCAUGGGAGGAAUCCAAAGGAAAGAUGGGGAAAAUCAACUGAAAUGUUUGAUAGAUUAAAUGUUUUUUGUUGAAGUAUAAUAAAAUGCUUAAAAACUGA